CAUGGUUACUGGAAACGUACCACGUGGCAAUGGAUGGCAAGGUUUCUUACAGGUAAGGGAUAUUAUUACGUUGCAAUGGGAAACUGGAAUUUGGCCCCACCCUCUCCUAGCAGCUGCUUCUCCGACGUCACAAGGAUGUCUUUGGCGUGACCGUCAUGGUCUCAGUUCCCAGUAGGUGGGGCAGUUAGGUAUCCGACUUCCUCCAUGGUGGAAGAACCACCCUGGUGACAGAACUCAAAGCCCUACACCAGGGUGUGAGCGAGUUAGACCUCCCAGCCUCACGGGGCUGCUGUGAAGCUGCGGCGACGCUGGCGGCUGCGGCGCGGCGGAGGAGAGCCAGGACUCCGGACGCGGCGCCAUGGGCUGGUGAUAGAAGCUGGAAGGGCCCAUGACCGAGCUGGCAUCCUCCGGGGACAGGUCCCCCGCGGGGGACGGGGAGGAGGGCCUGGGGGACGAGCGAGGCCUGGUUAUCCACCACCCCGCGGAAGAAGAGCCCCACCGCUGCCCGCUGUGCGGCCAGACCUUCUCACAGCAGCUCAGCCUGGUGCGGCACCAGAAGGCACACGCCGGGGCGGGCCGCUCGGCCGCCUUCGUGUGCCCCGAGUGCGGCAAGGCCUUCAGCGUCAAGCACAACCUCGAGGUCCAUCAGCGCACGCACACAGGGGAGCGCCCCUUCCCGUGUCCCGAAUGCGGCCGCUGCUUCAGCCUCAAGCAGAACCUGCUCACGCACCAACGCAUCCACAGCGGCGAGAAGCCACACCAGUGCGCACAGUGCGGCCGCUGCUUCCGCGAGCCUCGCUUCCUGCUCAACCACCAGCGCACGCACGCGCGCAUGCCCGCGCCGCACCCGCGGCGCCCCGGCGUCUUUGGGGAGCGGCGGCCCUUCUUCUGCCCGCGCUGCGGCAAGAGCUUCGCGCGAGAGGGCUCGCUCAAGACCCACCAGCGCAGUCACGGCCAUGGGCCCGAGGGCCAGGCGGCCCAUUUAGGCCGUGUGCUAUGAUGCGCACGGGACCGAUACUGUCCCAGAGCCUCGUCCUGGGUCCCUGGAUUUGGCGCUGGGUGAUGGCCACUGCCCUGGCAGGGAUCGCAGAGGCGGGAAAGGACUGGCUUGGGUUCUGCAGGGAUCCGGGACCCUCUGCUUCCGUUCCUGCCCCAGGACCCUGCGGCUGUCUGCACACGGCUGUUUUGGACCUUGCCUUGGCUUCCUUUCUCAGGCUCCUGCUGCUUAAAGCAGGUGCACAGUGGGGUGGACCUCGGGACCCAGAGGUGCAGGCACAUCUGGCGCUGAGACAGGAACUGGGUUCUCCUAGGAGUCUGUCUGAAGCUGCUUCCUGGCAUGCGGACACACCCCCAAACAGCCCUACCUCGGGAAGUGGAUGGAGCUCAGAUACUGAAUGUCAGUCUGCUGGGAGUGACAGCCGCAGUACGUCUCUGCCUGGCU